CUAGUUCUGCUUGCGCGGUCACUCUUCCUCCCCAGUGUUGCUGAAGCAAUGGCGAUGGCAGCUUGGAACAUCCGAAGUUGAGGGUUGUGUUUCUGGGCCAUGGGGAGUCUACUUUUCUGGCCGAGUGUUAGAGAUCCCUUGUUAAUUGGCUGGUUUCCAAAUUGUGCACAAAUUUCGUCUCUGAGCAGAGGUUCUGGAGCUUUUGCUGGAUUUGAAGGGAAGGCUUACUCGCCUGCGUCGCCUGUUUCAGCUGCAAGUGAACAAUCUUGGCAGGAUUUAAGGAUAAUCCAUGCAUUAUUUUUCGGUUCGCUAGGUAAUGGACCUGUUCAAGGUAGUAGGCUGCGGGGAGCGAGCUCAUUGGGAAAAGCUGCUGCAGCUUUGAGCUUGUCCAAGAAGGGGACUCGAGGAGGAAUUUCAGGAUGGAAUUGUGUAGCUGGUAACUAUACAGCUCGGUCCGAUCCGAGGUUCAGGAGUCUCAGUGAUUUGAAUGGUAUCAAGAGCUGGACAAGCGAUGAGACUCUAAGGCACAUAGGUCCAUCAAAUGUAUCUAGAAGAUGGUAUAUUCCUAAAUAUAGGGUUAGAUGUGCUGCACAAAGAGAAGAAGAUGGAGGGGGGCAACCGAGGAGCCAGUUAUGGGAAGUGGAUGUGGUGAAUCAUUAUAAGGUUUUAGGCUUGGAUCGCCACGCAACAGCCUCUGCUAUUAAGUCGGCCUUCAGGCAACUUGCACGUCAGUUCCAUCCAGAUGUAAACAAAGAUGUAGAUGCCAACGAAAAGUUCAAGGCCGUCCGUCUUGCGUAUGAGGUUUUAGCUGAUGAGACAAGUAGGAAACUUUACGAUCGUACUUUGCAAGAGCGAGCCAAUGCGUCACGAAGAAAUCAAGCUCACCAAAGACGAGAGAGAGACAUUUCGGCACAUUCAAGUCAUAACAGAUCUCAGUACAGAAGGGUUCCAUAUGAGAAUGUGGAAUGGAGUCAUUUCACAUAUGCCUACGAAAACGAUUAUCCUGACAUGAAAAGUUACUAUUAUACCUACCCUAACAGCACAUUUAUUAAUAACAAGAAAAAGCGAGUCAGAAAUUCAGAUCGUAGUAAAUCUCGUCAAGAGGAAAUUAGGCAACGAGGCUGGAGAGUCGAAUGGCAAAGCACGUCUAAGGAGGCAUUAUUAUUUAUGUGGGUGGUUACCGCUUUGUGGCAUACAUUUGGUGCUGGAAUCGCACUGGGUUUACUUGUGGGUUCAUCCGCUCUUCGGACAGAUUUUGCAGUAGGUUACAGACUUGCUUCAGGAGUGGCGUGGUUGGUGGGGGGAGUGCCAGGGCUCGCUCUUAUGGUGAUCAUCAUAGCAACUACGAGAAUCUUUGGACGAGCAUAUCAUGUUGAUGCUGCUAUUCUUGCCUUGGGACUCUUGGUAGGAGCUGGAAUUCUCAAGACUGUUCCUUUGCCACAUGGAGCGAUCCUUCUGCUAGUAUAUAAGUGCAUCCAAUUGCAGUCGCGUUCCUCCUAGUGAGUUUCUGCUUGCAACCCAGCUCAGAAACGAGUUUCCUGGGCAAUACGGUGAUUGUACCAUAAUAAUGACCAGGCUGGGUGAUAAUGUACAGUAUGUUGGUGCAAGACGCCAUGAUUCCACUGCCUUUCAUAUUUCUGUGUAUGUAGCGGAAAUUAUGGUUGUAAUUGUUAGAACGGAUCAAACUACGGUAUCAUGGGUUUUUGUUUU